AACUUUGGCAUUUUACGUAAAGAGUCAAUUAAUGUUUUGCGUUUAGAUUAGAUAAGACCGCGUGUUUAGUUUUGUAUUUCUAAUGCGUCGCAGUUAUAAUUGUCGUGUAACGAAAGGGCCCAAUAAUAUUUGAUCAGAUUUAAAUGACGCGUACUCAUCAGGAAUCAGUUCGUGUCUGCCGACCACGGUCUGUGUCACGUGCAACGCUCGUUCUACCAAUUCAGUUUUAAAGACGAAUUUUUCUAGGUAAUGGCGCAGUAUACGACAAGAAUAUUAUUCGUUCUCUUAUUGGCGAUAAUUAACGACGCAUCGUUUGCCAGAGUUUGCAAUUCAUCCGUGGAAGAUUGGCAAUCCCGGAUUGGUUUACUCGUUUCGCCGAUAAUUUCGAGAUCAAAGAUUCGAGAGAUAGAGAUUUACUGGAAUAACGUUAAUAUCGAGCCCGGAGACAAAAUCUCGCUAUUCGAGGAAAGCUCUUCAGGAGAUCGACGUGAAAUUUACACCGUUGUUCCGAAUGGUCUCAGUGGUGUCGAGAAAACCGGAGUACUAGCUGAAUUCAUACCUAGCUCGAACCUUUCUUUCGUGAAAACGUGUACAAGGUACAGUGUAAGAUGGUGGGCAGAUAAAGUAAUAAAAGAUACAAAGUGUCUGGGAACUCAGCCGACCUGGAUGAAAGAAAGGAAAGACAUUCUGGGUCCUUUAAAAAUGAAACAGAUAUUUCUGCCUGGAACUCACGAUUCCGCGUCGUACAAUGAGAAUGACGACAGUGCAAGCAUCAUUUCAGACUUCGCUGUGACUCAGGAUUUAGAUAUCCUCGGGCAAUUAAUACACGGUGUACGGUACCUAGACAUCAGAGUGGGACGUUAUAGCGAGACCGACGAGAUUUGGUGGACCAAUCACGGACCGUUUUAUCGAUCAGUCUCGUUAAAAACUGUUAUAGACCAAGUGAAAGAGUUCCUCGACAAUACCGAAGAAAUCGUGAUAAUAGAUAUCCGUGAAUUUCCUGUUGGUUUCAAUAACAUAUCAGAUCACCACGCAUUGGUCACGUAUCUGGAAGAUGAAUUUCGGGAUUAUUACUUGCCCAAUAAUUAUGGAUGGGGUACCACGUUGAACGAGAUCUGGUCUUCUGGAAAACGAUUGAUAAUCGGUUAUGAAAACAUGAGAAUCGUGAACAGUCGCUCUAGCAUGUGGCCUUACGUGUUGCACCAAUGGGGAAACGUUCAAAGCACCGAGCAAUUGUUCCAAUAUUUGGAUAUAAUUGAGACCAGUGAUAGAGAUAACGCAACAAGACCUCGAUCGGCUAUGGCAGAAAUGACGGCGGAUCUUACGUAUAUUCUUUUCAAUAGAUUGACAAGUCUACGAGAUAUGGCGCACAAAGUUAAUUUAAAUGUAACUAAUUGGUAUAGCACCGUUUGGCAAUACUCCGCCAAUAUCGUAGCAGUGGAUUUUUUAAGAAGCACAGAUAUCGUCGAAAUUGCCAUUGAGUCUAAUGAGAAUCGUCAUUUACAUUGUAGAUAUUAGCCAUUCUUUGUAUAACUUUAAUUCAAUCGUUAAUCCUGGCUUGUACAAUACUGUUUGGAAAGUAUUAUGCAGGAUCAGACAAAAUUUUUCUUUAAUACGUUCGCUAUCAUAGUGGAUUGGAGCACAAAAUGUCCAUCGCCGAUCGUAUUUUAUUUCCCGUGCUUUUCUACGAUAUUUAACGAUAUUUUUUUUAUAAAUAACAACUCUGAGAUUUAUUUUUGUUUUAAUCAGGCACGUCGGUUAUACGAAUUUCAUUUAUCUGGCAACUUGUAAUUAAAUGUAAAUUAAUUUUAAGCGUCGCACGUGCACGUGCUGGUAGCGAACGUAUUAAAUUCAUCCCAAUUAAGCAAUACUCAUCCAGAAUAUAAACAUAUUUGUAAAUGUUAUCCGAGCAAUAAAAUAUACUUUCGAAUAAGGUUCUCAGAUAGAA